AUGAACACCUACGGGACCGCGAACAGUCAAAUGGCCCGGAUCGCCGCCGAUCCCAGUCCGAUCGACAGCAGAAUGCGCAAUUUAAAAAAUUUUUGGGAAAUUAAUGCGGAAAAGGAGCGGGAAGAAGCAGUAAGUUUAGUUAAGAAAGACGGUUUUUGGUGUUGGGCGUGGUAUAAACUAGGGAGUGGUUUUGAAGGAUUUAUAGUGAAAAUAGGCGGAUUUUGACGAUUUUUCAAAUUUCAUAGUAAAAAAACUAAAUGGAAAGCUUAAAAAUUGAUUUUAAACAUCUUUAUAAAUUUAAAAAGUCAUUUCAAUUAAAAUUUUGCAAAAAAAAUUUUUUUUUGAUUUUUCGGCCGGUCGAUAAUUUUUUUCUUCAAAUUUUGUAUUUUGUAACGUUUUUGGUUUUUUCUAAGCCUAUAAACCUACAAAAACCAAAUUUUUCACAUUUUCAAAAAUCGACCGGUCGAAAAACAAUUUUUCCAAAAAAUUUUUAAAUUUCAAAAAUUUCAGGAAAAAGCAGCCCAAUUGCACAAAAUCCGUCGCCCUUACGGAUUUCCGAAAUGGCGAUCUUCGGAUGCUAUGACAGCUUCAUUGGUGGCUUCAGUACGAACACCUGAAGUUAUUCCAGCUGACAGCCGGCUGCCCGAACAGAGAAUAAACAUGAUUUAUGAGAGUGAGAAGAGUGCACAGGAUGUUAGGGUAGGCUUAAAUUAACCGCCUGUUCAAUAUCUUUUUAAAAAUCAAAAAAAAAAUGUUUUUGUGUUUUCGACCGGUUGAUAAUUUUUUGAUGAAUUGUUAAAUUUUUAUUGAAGGAGAAUGCCUUCAGGAAGAGAUAAAACGUGAUGCAGAACAAUGGAAAGUCCGUCGAAAGUCCACUGGUCCUACAGAAGUUCAUUUAGAACCAGUACCAAACAAUCCAUGGUACCAGCCGGAACAAAGUCAUGUAGAAAGGUCGUCUAUUGCUAAUUCCCAAUUCACUCGCAGUUACUUUGAGAGUGGCGGUGGUGGUGACAAAGGUAAGUAUUAUGGAAGGGUAGGGUAAGGUAGGGUAGGGUAGGGUAGGGUAGGGUAGGGUAGGGUAGGGUAGGGUAGGGUAGGGUAGGGUAGGGUAGGGUAGGGUAUACUAAGGUAGUGUAGGGAAGCGGAGGAUUGGGUAGUAUAAGAUAGACUAAGGUGGGGUAGGGUAGGGUAGGGUAGGGUAGUAUAAGAUAGACUAAGGUGGGGUAGGGUAGGGUAGGGUAGGGUAGGGUAGGGUAGGGUAGGGUAGGGUUGAAUAUUGACUACCAUAAUCUUCCUUUUCCAGCCAACUUAUCGACCUUACCAAAGCGACAGACCUACCCUUAUAACGAACAAAUUACAAUAGACGUAUCUUCUCAGCCCAGUCCACAAAUUCAAAAAGUGUUACAGUACCUGAACAACAACUACAGUAUUCUCCGAGACUUGGGGGUUUCAAUUCCUCUUCAUCUUCUUCAAAGCUAUCAGAACGGUACUAGCGGUACUCAACAUGGUACUACCCAUCAAAAUAGUACAGUUUUUCAAAAUGGUACAAUUAAUGGUACUAACUAUCAAAUUGGUACUACUUUACAAAAUGGUACACUUAAUGGAACUCCUUACCAAAAUGAUACUACUCAUCAAAAUGGCAGUCCUAAUGGUGUAGAUACAAGAAGAAAUCGACCAAUGUCGUUUUUAGAAAGAGAAGUCUUUGAAGCCCAGAAGCGAGAAGCCGAGUUCCAACAAAGCCGACAAGAGCUGGGCAUGAUGACACUACAAGACACGAUACAUUUGUGGAAAAGUGGACAAACAUGGGACGGUACUAGUAGGCCUAACAGCUCUAGUGGCUUUAAUGUAAGUGGGGGCAUUUAUUAAGGAAAUAAGGCAAAAUCGACAAGAAAACAACUUUGAUAAAAUCGACCGGUCGAUAAAGUUUUUCGCUAAAUUUUGACUUUUUUGUAAUUUUUAUGUCAUUUUUGGCCCGAAGUAAGCAUUAACAAAUUAAGUUUUGUAGAAUUUUUAAAAUCGACCGGUCGAUAGUUUUUUUUGAAUAUUUAUUUUUUUGUUGUAUUUUUAGCUAUUUUAGGCCUAUAUUGAGCAUCAAAAAGUAUAAAUUUGUAAAAUUUUAUAAUCGACCGGAUUUUUUUUUUAUUUUUUAGUUUUUUUGCCAUUUUAAGCUUACAUUAAGUACAAAAAUAACCAAACUUUGCAAUAUUUAGAAAUCGACCUGUCGUUAGUUUUGAACUUUUUAAAAUUUGUAUUUCAGGAGCCAAACUCGGUCGAAGAAUACGGUUUAGACAACGACAACUUUGCUCAACAUAUGUGA